AUGACAGAUUCAGGUGGAGGUGGUGGCGUAGGUGGCUCCCUGCUAAGGCAGAUGUCAACGAUCCAACAUCGGCAAAGUCGAGUUGGGUCUACUGUCAAUGAAUCUUCCGCCAGCACAGCGCACUCACCGCACGCAUUGCUGCCCAGUGCAUCCAUUCGAAGACCCUCGCAAGUCCAUCGUUUCCACGGGGAAAUUGAGUUCACUGGAUUAAAUCAAACUGCAAGAUUUGCCAAACUGUCGUCAAGCAUGUCGGACAGUGCAAUCAGGGAUCUUUUACAACGCCGGUGGAGCCUAAAACCACCCACUCUCAUCAUAACAGUUUUUGGAACUGAUUUUGAGAAGAAGAGAAAACUCAAAAUGAUUUUCAAAAAGGGUCUCUGGAAAGCUGCCGAUAGUGGUUGUUGGAUAGUGACAGGAGGGUUCCAACUGGGAAUCAUGAAACUUGCUGGUGAGGCUGUGAGGGAUUAUACGGAUGCAUACGGUGGCAAUCGAAUGCUCGCCUUCGGUAUUUCCAGUUGGGGUUGCGUCAAGAAGAACGACAUUUUGGAGGCUGCUCUCGAAGAGGUCUGUUCGUUAUUUUUACUUCCUCGAAUACCGUACUCCUGA